AUGAAAGGCCGCAGCAGCCACCGCGGGACCGCUCUCACCUCCGCCGCCGCCUCGACUUCCAGCAAGCGCGACCCCGUAGACGAGCCCGUCUCAGACUCCGAGGAAUCGGGCGACGAGGAGCAGGAUGUCUCCUCGUCGUCGGGGUCGGGGUCGGAGUCGGAGUCGGAGAACGACCAGUUAGCGGAGCGGGAGAGGAAGCUGGAGCGCGUGCUCGCCGACGUGCCCUUCGGCGAGCUGCAGCGCGCGCGUGCCGACGGGUCGCUCGGGGCGCGGGGUGCUUCUGCUGCCGCCGCCGCGCAGAAGAAGGCUCGCAGGGAGAGCAGGAAGAGGCCCAUGGAGAUUAGCACGAAUGUGCGGCCGCCUAGACUCAGGGAUGUGAUCCAGGUUCCCAAGAAGGUGGUAAGGGAUCCAAGAUUUGAACCUGUAUAUGGAGCUGUUGAUAAAGAAGGGUUCAGGAAAAGAUACAAUUUCUUAUUCGAUCAUGAUCUCCCUGCAGAAAAAGAGAAACUCCAAAAGUCGAUUAAGAAAUUGAAGGACCCUAAUGCCAUUGAAGAAGCGAAGAAUCAGAUCACCUGGAUUGAUAAGCAGUUGAGGUCUAAUCCUCAGAAGAACGUUGAAUCAGAAAUUCUGCGAGGACAUAUUAAGAAAGAGAGGGAAGCAGCAAAGGCAGGAAAACGACCAUAUUAUCUGAAGAAAUCUGAAAUUCGUGAAAGGAAGUUGAUGGAUAAGUACAAUGAGCUCAAGGAGGCAGGAAAGCUUGAUUCCUUUAUGGAGAAGCGACGCAAGAAGAAUGCAUCCAAAGAUCAUCGCUUCAUGCCAUACCGGAGGGAUGGGGGUGGUGCAUAA